AUGGAAGGAAAUAAAGAUGAAAGUGGUCGUUGUAUUUUGAUAGCACGGAAGUGUAUAAAUAUUGGGGCUGUUGAAAAGGCUGUCCGAUUUUUACAGAAGGCUGAACGACUUUACCCAACGCAAGAGGCUAAAGACCUCCUGUCAGAGCUGCAAGGUAAAGAUGCCAGUUCAAACAAUACGAGCAGUUCCAGCAGAGGAACUAAAGAUAGUGAAACGAAAGAUCCUGAUGGAAUGAGAAAAAGGAAGGGCAGUUUCAGCAGAGAAUUUAAAAAUUCUAACAAGGAAAACGAACCAGACAACUUCACAGAUGAACAGGUUAAUCAAGUCAAAAGAAUACUGAAGUGUAAAGACUUUUAUGCCAUCUUGUGUGUUUCGAAAGAAGCCACAGAGAUUGAACUUAAGAAAGCCUAUAGAAAACUGGCUUUGCAAAUGCAUCCAGAUAAAAACAAGGCACCAGGCGCUACAGAAGCUUUCAAAGCCGUCGGUACUGCGUUUGCAGUUCUAAGUGACUCAUCUAAACGGAAGAGGUAUGACACUUACGGUCCGGAAAUGGAAGCGCCGUCACGGCGAAUGAAUCGUGACCACGAUUACUCACACGGCUUUGAAGGUGAUAUUUCACCAGAGGAAUUGUUCAACAUGUUCUUUGGUGGUGGCUUUCCUUCAAAUGGAACUACGAGAUAUCACCAGCGCACCCAUCAGACACAUCAUUUCUCUAGAGAUUCACAGCCAGAGAGUGGUUACACUUUGUUCCUGCAGUUGACGCCAAUCCUCCUCCUUGUCCUGUUAUCUUUACUCAGCAGUAUGUUUGUUAGUGAUCCGAUAUUCAGUCUACAGAGAACGAGCAAAUAUUCAGUGGAACGCAAAACGUAUAACCUAAAAAUCCCCUAUUAUGUGAAAGAAGAUUUUCGACCUGAGUAUAAAGGAGAACUGCGAAGGAUAGACAGAAUGGUGGAGGAGGAAUAUACUUCAAAUCUUAGGGCAAAUUGUUGGAGAGAAAGAAGUUAUAAAGAAAAUAUGUUAUGGAAAGCUAGGAAUUACGGUGAUGCCAAGUUAUAUCAACGUGCACAAGACUUAGGAACGCCAUCCUGUGAUCAAUUACACCGCAUGUAUUCAUGAUAAGAUCUGAAUGUUCCAAUCAGCCCUGCACCAGGACACGCCCCAUCACAUUCACGGAAACGCCUCAACCGACAAAUACUGUGACACAUGCAUAAAAACAACCAUUGAGAAAUAUUAAAAUCAUGUAUACAUGUGGUUUGGUCAUAACAUCUGAUGUGGUUUAGUAUCAGAUAAUCUAGAACAUUACAAUUAAGCUAUUAUUAAUAUUAAGGGUAAUGGCUUGAAUUUCAGUUAGCAGUGGCAUCUUUGUUUAAUGGCUAACCUUGUCACCUUGUGGAUGUGUAAAUUCCAAAGGUCAUGCUUAAUUCUGUGUAUCUAUGUAUUAACAUUAAUUUAAAAAAAUAAAAUAAAAAGCAUGUGUGUUAAAAACACAAAUUAAUUCUGUAAGAUAGACAUGAUUUUUCUCAUUAUUUACCAUAUUAUUUAAUUAAAAAAUCUUUGUUGAAAGAAAACUUCUUUUUUUUUUUUAUCAGAAACAAUAAAUGAGAGUAAGUAAUCAUGUUUUGAAACAGUUAUUAAAUUAAAUUUUUUAAUGAUAUCCAGGAUUGUGUUGUUAUUAUUGAAAAUGGUAAGAAAGAUGCUCAGAUGUUUUUGUAUAAAGACAUUCCAUGAACAAGGGCUGCACAUUAUGAAUCUGGAAAAGUUCCAAACUUGUGUAGCUUACGUAUUCACUCUUUGAUCAAAUCUGAAUUACAUAUUUUAAAUAACUCUGAUUUAUAACAAUUUUAAUGUUAUUUUUGGUUUACUGCAUAAAGUGGUGGUAAAGUACAUAAAGUGGUAGUAAAGUGCAUAAAGUGGUAGUAAAGUGCAUAAAGUGGUAGUAAAGUACAUAAACUGGUAGUAAA